GAUUCUCUUCUCUUCUUCUCUUUCUUUCUCAUAAACCCUAAACCCUAGCCGAAGAGCUAGGACGACGAAGACGACGACUAAAACCUGAUACCCUAGCCUCUCUCUGUCUGAGAAAUAAAACCUGCUCAUCCUCUGUUUCCACAGCUAUAAUGGCCGGUAAUAAGAAAAAGGGUGCUAAAUCACAAAAGUCCCCAUCUAAAAACAAGCAAAAGACUGAGCUUUUUACUGUUAAGCACGCAAAGGAAGAUGAAUUUUCCGAGCAUUCUGAUAGUCCGGACGAAGAAGUAGAGGAACAUGAGGUGUUUGACGAAGACAAGCAAGAUUUUGGUUCGGGUUCAGAAAUCUCUUCUGAUGGGGAUGAUCCAUUAGCUGAUGAUUUCCUCCAAGGAAGUGAUGACGAAGAGAAGGGUUUGGGCUCGGACUUGGGUUCAGAUUCAGACGAAUCUGAUAUUGAGGAGAAGUCCAGAGCUAUUGAUGCUGAAAGGGAUAGGGCAGAAAAAGAAGCAGUGGAGGAAAUGCAGCUCAACAUUAAAGAGGAAUCUGAUGAGUUCAGAUUGCCAACCAAGGAGGAGCUUGAAGUAGAGGCACAUCGCCCACCUGAUCUUCCAAAUCUCCAAAGGCGGAUAAAAGAGAUUGUUCGAGUGCUUUCGAACUUUAAGGCCUUGAGGCAAGAGGGGACAACAAGGAAGGAUUACAUCGAGCAGUUUAAGAAGGAUUUAAGUUCAUAUUAUGGCUACAAUGAUUUCCUAAUUGGGGCUUUAGUGGAGAUGUUUCCAGUUGUUGAACUUAUGGAAAUUAUUGAAGCCUUUGAGAAGCCUCGACCCAUAUGUUUGCGAACUAACACUUUAAAGACACGGAGGCGGGAUUUGGCAGAUGUUUUGAUAAACAGAGGAGUAAACCUAGAUCCCUUAAGCAAGUGGUCAAAGGUUGGACUGGUUGUAUACGAUUCACAAGUGCCCAUUGGUGCGACUCCUGAAUAUAUGGCUGGUUUCUACAUGCUCCAAAGUGCAAGCUCUUUUUUGCCUGUCAUGGCCCUUGCUCCUCAAGAAAAGGAACGAAUCGUUGACAUGGCGGCUGCACCUGGUGGCAAAACAACUUAUAUUGCUGCUCUUAUGAAAAAUAGUGGAAUUCUUUUCGCAAAUGAGAUGAAGGCACCAAGGCUUAAGUCACUCACUGCAAAUCUGCAUCGCAUGGGGGUGACAAACACUGUUGUUUGUAACUAUGAUGGGAAGGAGCUCCCCAAGGUUUUGGGUGUCAACACGGCAGAUAGAGUAUUGCUGGAUGCCCCUUGUAGUGGGACUGGGGUUAUAUCUAAAGAUGAGUCAGUUAAAAACUCAAAAAGCUUUGAAGAAAUACAGAAAUGUGCCCACUUGCAGAAGCAAUUGAUACUUGCCGCAAUUGACAUGGUAGACGCCAAUUCAAAAACUGGGGGAUAUGUUGUUUACUCUACCUGCUCCAUAAUGGUUACGGAGAAUGAAGCAGUUGUUGACUAUGCACUCAAGAAGAGGAAUGUUAAAUUGGUGUCUUGUGGGCUUGACUUUGGGCGUCCAGGCUUUAUUCGCUUUAGGGAACAACGCUUACACCCAUCUUUGGAAAAGACAAGGCGUUUCUAUCCUCAUGUUCACAAUAUGGAUGGCUUUUUUGUGGCAAAGUUGAAAAAAAUAAGCAAUUCAAAGCCAGCUGCAGAACCUGCUGAACUCUCAGAAACGGUGGAGGAGCAAGUUUCAAGUACAAAUGAAAAUGACGGUGGAAAGAAUGCCGAGGAAUUGACAGCUGGAACUACGGAAGAAAUUGGGGUUUUGGAUAAUGGCGUUGUUGAAAAUGGCAAAGAAGAAUCACGGGCAGCUGCCAACCAGGGAAAGAAAAGGAAAUUCCCAUCAAGAGAGGAGAAGGGGAAGAAAACAACAUUUCCAUCAAGAGAGGAGAAGAGGAAGAAAAGGAAAUUUCCAUCAAGAGAGGAGAUCUCGAAAGCAAGGGAAGAGAAGAGAAGAGCUUUCAGGGAAAAUAAGGUUGCACGCCCGAGGAGUGGAGGGGGAGUCACCAGUGGCAGCAAGAGUCGUGGUGGUUAAUUUACUAAUGGGUAAGUUGUGGUACAAGCAGCCAGCAAGACUGUUUGCAUUGUCACCAGAGAAGCUCACGUUCCCUUUUACAAUGUGAUCGCAACAGAACUAGGAAAGGAUCUGGCUCAAGAAAUAUCUCCUGCUUAGUGCUUAUAUAAGUCUUUUAAAAAAACAACACCAGUGAGUGAGGGUAACACUUUUAACUGGCAUGCGGUACUCGGGCUUAUACCAGUCCCAAAAAGUUUUGUUUCUGUAAUGUUUGUCAAAGAAUCAAUCUUGAUUGUUAAUAACAUUAUCAGUGUGCUGAUAUGAAGGUAUUUUUUUUGUUGCUGA